AUGGCCUCAGAUGCAGAUGCCUCAAACGGCUUCGAUGAACGGCUGAAGCAGCGGUCUGCUCGGAAACCGGAUGCUCUCGACCUCACGGCUACCGGGGCUGUCUAUGCACCCACAGGCACUAUACCGAACACUCUACUCGCGGUUGUCUCUAUUGCUUUCGCUCUCGGAGGCGUGUUCUCCAUAGGAGCCAUCAUGUUCCUGUCGGGGGGUUUUGACGACUUUUGGUGGUCAACGUAUCAACUGGGUUUCUUCGUUGCCGCGUGGUCUGCGUUCCACUGGGGCGAAUUCGCGGUGACUGCGGGAUGGAAUGCGGAUAAAUGCAGCGUCGAUUCGUUCCUGCUGAACAAUGGCAUGACAUACCAUGCCGCGAACGGGACGGCCUUACUUGAGUACUUGAUUACACUCUACUUCAAGCCUGAAUCCAAGAGAUAUCAUUAUGUCUCGGCGCUCGGGAUCAUAAUGACCAUAUGCGGCCAGAUACUGCGAUCCACUGCCAUGAUACAUGCCGCGCGCAACUUCUCGCAUACCGUGGCAUCCCGCAAGGCCAAGGAUCACGUCCUUGUCACGGACGGAAUAUACGCGUACUUCCGACAUCCAUCAUAUGCUGGUUUCUUCUAUUGGGCACUAGGAACGCAAUUGGUCUUACAGAACCCUGUGACAUUCGUAAUGUUCAGCUACUUGUUAUGGCGCUUUUUCUACUACCGCACCCGAUACGAAGAAGGGGCUCUGGUCAGAUUCUUUGGUGCUGCAUACGAGGAAUAUAGGAAGAAAGUCGGCACGAAGAUCCCCUUCGUCCCAUAGCAUCUCUGGAUGGCGGUGUGGUAUUAUAGGUGAUUAGGUACUCCUGAUAGGAAAUCGAGGCACACUCUGGUCUGGAACCGUUGGGCAGAUCUCAACGUGCACUUGAAUCAAAGCCCGACCGAAUUGCGCUGUUGGAUGUGAAACGCCGACAGG